UCCCUAACUUCUCGUUCGGCGAAGAACUGCUCAGCUCCUCAUCUGUGCCUCAGUGGCGCGACAUCAAUUCUCCUCACCAAUGCUUUGAUAUGCCUCCUGACGGGUCCAUGGGCACUCAGAACCCAGACGGUUCUGUUACCAUCUGGCCCGCCUUCCUCGUCCCCAUACACGCGAGCUUGGCAGAGUCCCAGUUCCAGCCGCUGAGUGCGGCAGCGGAUUCGAGUGUGUUGAGGACGGUACACGAUGUGGACUCAAUCCCCGCGAUGCCGUGGCCGCGACUGUGGCACUGGCACAGUAUCUCGCCGACGCUUGGGCUCCCCGAUGUGCGGCAGGUGGUGGGAGAUAUUGUGGAGUGGGGUUUGAGCAUGGGCGCGGGGCAGAGAAGCGGGACGAUGCCGCAAGUGCAGCUGAUGCCAAUGACGACGACCGCAGUGCCAGCCAGCGACGUCGCAUUCUACCCCGCUUCGUUUGAUAUGACGUUCGACGCCGCUGCUUUGGAGGCUGCGCCGAGCCGCGGAACGUUCGACAUCACUCAUGCCUCCAACUUUCCCUCUUUCGAUCUUGCUGGGGUUCUUGACGGCGCCUUCUGACAUCGGCUUGGCAUAGAGCGCCUCUUGGAGCGUGACGCAACGAUUUGAAUGGGGCAAAGGCAACCUCCGACGAGGUCGACAAGAUAGAGUGCACUUGCCUACAACACAGCACAGAGACGACAGCUAAAGCCGAGGGUGGCACACCGGCGGCCGCGUCCUUGUUUUCCAACCACACCCGCCCUUUCUCGCAUUUAGCUGAUUCGUUGUUAAGAGGGAGUUAAAUAACUCCACACUCCGACCUUUGGAUAGUCUUCUCAUCGCCUCCGCCCCACCGUUUUUCUCAAGACAAGGUUAAC